AUGGAGUUAUCUGAUUCAUCAGGCAGUUCAUCAACUGUGACACAGUCUAUGUGUCAUGUGCGAGCUUCUGAAUUAUAUCCAAAAAGAGAUUUAGAAACCGAUGAAGGACCUCCAACUCUAGAACCACCAUCAGUGCCUUUUAUUCCUUUAGCUGGUGAAUCUGUUGAAUACUUAGGUCGCGGUUCUAAUGACACCGUUUUAGCAUUAUCCAAUUACCGUUUUUAUCUGCAAGUAUUGGAUAAAAGUACAAAACGGAGAAGAGGUUUUCAAGACAGCAACAUACCAUUGGGCCUAAUUGAAAUGGUUGAAAUAAAAGAUUUAUUCUACUUGAUAGUUAGUUGCAAAGAUUCACGUACUUGUAGGUAAGCAUAAUCAAUGUAUAAAACAUGUGCAUUAAUAAAUUUAAGUUAAACAAAAUCGAUAUAUUUCUCACGUGGGUGGGCCACUGUUAUAGGUGAGAAGUUGGGAUGGUAGAGGGGAAAUUUAAUGUAUAUCUGUAUGCAACGAUUAACCAUUGCUAACAAAAAAACAAUUCUAAGCGGAGUUUGGUUAAUAGUGUUGCUUUGUCAACAAUAUAUAUAUAUAUAUAUCAUAUUAUGGUAAACUAAUUACAUAUGCAUUAUAAGUAUAUUUCUUUAAUAAUAUAUAUUUAAUAUUGUUUUUAAUACCAGUUCAUUUUUUUUAUAUAAAAUUUGAAAUUAUCAUAUUUAUUUUAACUAAUAUGAAUACAAUAUACAAUAUAAGUAUUUAAUUGAGUAUUUAUUAGAUUUAUUAAGAUUUUAUUAUUUCAUAAUAUUUAUUAGGUGUACUUUUACUACGAAUGAUUUAUGUUUGGAAUGGUAUAAGCGAUUAUCUCGAGCAAUCAUAUCACCAAAAAAUGUUCAAGAUGUAUUUGCAUUUGCAUUUCAUGCCUGGGCAAUCGAAGACCAUUGUAAUGAAGAUAUUUCUUCAAAUUUGGGGCAUGAUGGUGACGAUGAUUAUUUUAUGAAAGAGGUGAAAAAUUAAUAUUAAUUUAUGCUAAACAUUAAAAUAUUUUUCAUGUUCUAAAUUUCAAUAAUAUAAAAACUGUAUUAUUAUUGUUUAUAUAGAUUGAAAGACUAAAUAUAAGCAUAUUAAGUGAUAACUCUAAAUGGCGUAUUUCAAAAGUGAAUUGGGAUUAUAAAUUAUGUGCCACUUAUCCAAAUCGAUUAUUGGUUCCUUCUUGUAUUACUGAUCAGGCAUUAGAAGCUGCAGCUAAAUUCCGUAGUUCUAAACGUGUUCCAGUGAUCGUAUGGAGGUAAAAUUAGUUAUUUCAGUUUUUAUAGUAAUACUAUUCUGUUCUAAACCCUGUGUUUACAAAAAUUAUAAAAACAGACACAAGGGUAAUGGAGCUAUUUUAGCAAGGUGUUCUCAACCUGAAGUAGGUUGGCUUGGAUGGAGAUCUUCGGAAGAUGAAGAACUAUUAAAAGCAAUUGCUGAAUCAUGCCAAAAUAAAUCAAAAAAACCCAAAGUAAAUGUAUAUAAACUUAAGUGAUUCUUAUAUAAUAAAACUAAUAUUUUUUGAUUUUUAUAAUUGAUCAGAAAUUAGUUGUAAUUGACGCUAGAUCAUAUCCAUCAGCUGUGGCCAAUCGAGCCCGAGGUGGAGGAUGUGAGUGUCCUGAAUAUUAUCCAGGAUGUGAAAUACGAUUUAUGAAUUUGGCCAAUAUUCACGCAGUUAGGAAAAGUUUUCACUUACUUCGUCAAUUAUGUGCUUCACCUCCAGAUCUUCCCAAGUAAAUAUUUUUAAAAUAUGUGAACAUACUUUCAUUAUAAUAAUAAUUAAUCAAUCAAUCUGAAUAAAUUAUUUAGUUGGUUCAGUUUAUUGGAAAACACGCGAUGGUUACAUAAUAUUAGUGGUCUUCUUCACGCUGCAAACACUGUGGCAGCAACUAUUGAACUUGAAACACAACCAGUUCUUGUACAUUGCUCCGAUGGUUGGGAUCGUACUCCACAAAUUGUAUCUUUGGCUGAACUUAUGUUAGACCCGUAUUAUCGAACUAUUGAUGGCUUUCGAGUGUUGUGUCAAAGAGAAUGGUUAGACUUUGGACAUAAAUUUGCUGACCGUGGUCAAGGUGAUGAUCCAAAUGAACGGUGCCCAGUAUUUAUCCAGUGGUUGGAUUGUGUGCAUAAUGUUAUGGCUCAGUAUCCUUGUGCUUUUGAAUUUUCUAAAUCUUACCUAGUAAAAUUAGCACAACACACAUACUCAAAUCUUUUUGGUACAUUCUUAUGCAAUAGUGGUGCUGAAAGAAAACGUACAGGGAUUAAUACUGCUACAUUUUCUUUAUGGAAACAUCUAGUUGCAUCUGCUGAGUGUAAAAAUCAUCUAUACUCAUCACAACAAGAUAAUGUAAUAAUUUUUUUAUUUAUUUAAUAGUUUUAGUAUUAACCAUCAGUAAUCAAUAGAAUUUUGACUGUGAAGAAAAAAAAUGCUGUUUAAUUGAUAAUGAACCCUUUACAGGAUAUUCUGAAAACAGUCUUAAAUAUUUAAUUUCAGAUUCUAUGGGUUAGUUGCAAUGUGAGAGAUAUGAAUCUUUGGAGGGAUUUAUAUGUUGGUCCAUUUAUAGAUAGUCCUCAAUUAAUAAAGACUUCCGAAUUAUGUAAUUCUUCGUAAGUAUUUAAACAGUAUGUUAAAUGUAGAUAAAUACUAAUUAUAAAAUAUAAUUAUAUUAAAGACAUGUCUUCCAUGUGUUAUUUAUUAUUGGAGUUAAACAAAUAUUUUGUAAUUAUUGAAAAAAUUGUUUUUAAUAAAUUAGAUUUUGUUUAUAUUCCACCUAAGAAAUAACAUAAAUUAAAAUAUAUCGUGUGAUUAUUUGGUUCAUUCACUUAUAUAAUUUUUUAAUAACAAAUGAUUAAUUUUGAAUAAUUUUAACUAGUUUAUUUAUAAAAUAUUCAGUCAUAUCCUGAAGAAUAAGAUGUAUAAAUACAAUAUUUAUUUGAAUUUGUUUCUAUUAUUUAAUACAAACAUAUUUAGAAUGAAAUUCCAGGAAAUAAAAAUAACAAUUUUUGGGCUCAAUCAACUUGAUAUUAAGGUUAGCUUUAGUAUUAUAAACAGUCCAUUUGUCCAACUCUGGAUAAAUUUUGGAGCUGUCACAUAUUCUAAAAUUAAAUAAGUUCAAUAUUUUAUUAAAUUCCAUAAAUUAAUAUAUGACAAUUAAGUAAUAAUAUCUCCUGUUUAUAUUUUGCUGUCCACCAGUCAGUUAGCAAUACAUUAGCCGCAAAAAGUGUAUCAAAAUAAUUAUAAUUAUUAUUUUAUAAUAUUACUAUAUUGGAGUCUUAUUUAUAAAAAGUUUUUCAAUGAAUUUGUUUAUUGAAUAUACAGAAUUUACCAGAAUAAUGGUGUCUUAUACAGUGACUCUCAUAUUAAAUUUUUGUUUUAAAUGCCGAAACCUUGAAUUUACCAUAUUUAUUUGUAAAAUAUUCAUAAUAAAUGAAAAUAAACCACAGAAUUCCCUACAUUUUGUUACAAAAAUGAGUAGAAAAUUUUGUGGUCUAGUUUAUUUUUAGUUUUUAUAGAUGUUUUACAAAUAAAUAUGGUAAAUCCAAGGUUUUGACAUUUAAAAAAAAAAUGUGACAAAAUCUAUUAUGAGGGCCAUAUAUAGAGUAUACCAUAAAGAGGACACCAUUUAUUUCAGCUCACCCUAUGUUUUAAACCAUAAUAGUGUAAUAACUAUGAAACUUGCUACACAUUUUUUUUAUACAAUUUAUUAUUAGUUCAUAGUUAAGUAUUUUUCAUUUGAAGUAACUUAAAAAAUUGUAUGCAUUACUUUUAAUUUUUUAAAAAUCAUGAAGCAAUAAAUCACAAUAACUACACUCUUCUACGGUCCAAUUUAGAAUUUAAAAGUUUAAUUAUUUAUUUUCAAAACAAAUUAAUAUUAUUAUUUUUUUAUUAUCUUAUUGUUUAUUGUUAAAUACAAGCUUAUAACGAAUAAUAAUUAAUAAAAUAGUAACAUGAAUCAGGUAAUAGUUGUAAAUCUAAAAUAAAACAUUAGCAUAAUGAGUAAGGUUUUAAAUUCAUAAUUGUAGAUCCAGAUUAUUGAUCCAAACUAAUACUUCUACUGUAAAGUCAUGAAUAUUGUUUACUGUUCCUUUGAAUUCCUAUUAUGCUGUCAGUAAUAAUGAGAUAGAUGGAUUGUAAUUGGGCACUGCAACUACAAACUAGAUUAUCUCUGAUAACCCAUUUAUGGAGCAUAUCACCGCAUGGCUUGUGUCCUAUUUGGAUUUUAUUGAGAAUGACCCAAUUAAGUUGUUUCAGUAUAGUGCAUUGAACUGGAAUGAGAGGGCUCUGUAUAAGGUUUUGUUUUUCCAUUCAGAUUCCAAUUCUGCAGAUCUGUAUUGUUGUUUAAAAAUUCUCACUAUCAGGUGUAUUGGUUUCUUGAUUUCAAUCUGAAUGUCUUUUGGUGUGAAUUUAUAUCUUUAUGGAUUGGAAAAGAUGGAUUGUUUUAUACUUUAACCAUUCUCUAUGAAUGACAACUUUGCGGCGGAUAUUACAAAGACCUGGGAGUCACUGCGCCAGUUAGGUUAAUUAAAAUUAAAUAGUCCAAAUAUUAUUUUCAUGAAAUAUUUAAGUUGAGCAUCAAUUUUAUGACAUUGAGAGAUGUUUAGCAAUGUAGAUGUGGAGACCCCAGUUUUUGAAUUGUAUUAUUUCUGGUUUUAAGUUAGGCAGUGGUAUUUUCGAUGUUGCUUUUGAAUGAGUAUUUUAUCAAGUAUAACUGUCAGGUAUCUUGGAUAUAGUUCAUAUUUAAGUGAUUCCCCUGAAGAGAAUUUGACCUUCAUAAUUUGUCAUAUGGUUAUUUAGAUGGAAGAAGGCCACAGUUGUUUUGUCUGUAUUGGAUAUUAAUAUCCAUUGAUGCAUGUAGAUAGACUGCCUCCUAAUCCUACAUUUUUAUUUUAGGUUGAGUAUGGAUGUUUUAAUUGAACCAUUAGUAUGUAAUGAUCAGCCAAUUGUGAUAAAUAAUGAAGAAAUGUGCUUGGACUUUUCAAAAUGUGAAGACAUUGUACCUUUAGACGAUAAAGAUGAUAAAUCGUCAGAUACUAAUUCUAGUUCAAGUAUUAUUGCUGAAGAAAAUGGAAUAGGUAAAUAAUGUAUUCAUAAUUUAUAGGUAUUUUUUAAUAUCAAUCAAAUUAUUUUAAUUUUAUGCAUUAUAGAGCGACAUUCAAUUCAAACCAAUUGUGUUUUAAACACUGUUGAUGGCUUGUUACCACUAGUAGAUGAUGUGCAAAAUAGACUCCAACAGUUAAAUUUGGAACAUAAAGUGAAUGACUUAUUAAAUAAAAAAAUACAAAUUUUUUAUUAUUGUGUUUGAUUUUAGAAUAGAGAAGCGGCACUUCAAAAUGAAUUGCAUGUCACUCGACUAGUACUGUUGCGACAAGCGAGUCAUCGUUGUAAUGGAGUCGAAACAACUACAAUGUCAGAUGUGAAUGGUCUAUCGCCAUUGGACAAAACUGACGAUGAAGUGCGUAAAUCAUUUAAAAUUUAAAAGUAUUGGAAACCUUCAUUGUGGGUGAACUGAUACGUUUAUCUAGUAAUGUAUUAGAAUGAGGGUGGAGUAAUUUUUUGAAGGUGUCCAUGUGUAGCAGCACAGGAGGCGAGACAACACUGUCAUGGGAACCUGUGGAGGCAUUCGAUGCUCAGCCAACCCUGUGGGUACCGGAUCAUGCAGUUACCCAGUGUAUGGCGUGCGACAACAAGUUCUGGCUGGGAAGACGGAAGCAUCAUUGUAGGCAAGUAUAAAAUAUGUAUUGACACUUGAUCAUAGUAUUUUAUAAUCAUUUUAAAUAUUAUAAAUGAUAAUAAAUAUGUAUUUUUUUUAUUUUUUAUUAGAAGCUGCGGAAAAAUAUUCUGCGCAGAUUGUUCAAGAAAUUUGGUUCCAUUACCAGCUGAACAAUUAUAUGAACCUGUAAGAGUGUGUGAACCAUGUUUUGCGCUUGGCGCUAUGAGAACUACUAACCUUUCGUCUAGCACUACUUGUAAACAAGCAAUUGUGGACGAUCAAAAACGUGUCAACAUCACUUUACAGCCAGCACCAUCGAACUAA